ACCGCCGACAAAUCUAAAGAAGAAGAAGAAGAAGCAGCAGCAGCUUUGUCGUUGCUUGUGUUUCUGCACAGCACAACACAGAACCGCACGCACAGCAAUAACUAAAGUUCGUCCGAAGACAUGUCUUCCCACCGUCGGCAAAUUACGGAUGGCGAUUUCAGGAAAAAUGCACCUUCAUCAUCGCACUAUGGUAGAAAACGAGGAUCAGAUGGACAACUAAGGUCACAAGGAGACCCACAACCUUCUCUUGGAGCAAAGGGAGAACACAGACACACAGACAACAGAUCUGAGAGUUUCACUACUCCGGAGACGGUUCGACCCUUAUCAAGAUGCAAAGAUUGGGGAAGUGAGGUGGAAGAGAGCGAGAUGAGAAUGAGUGUUAACCGUGAUAUGCAGAGAUACAGAAGGCGAAUUCUCACAGCAGAGUUUUCCUCAAGGGAGAGAAAAAUCUCGUCGGGAAGCUGUGACUCAAGGGAUUCUGCUAGUCCUACAGAAUUGGAAACGGAUGAGAAUGUUCUACUAAGGAGGCAAAAACAAAUAAAUUAUGGAAAGAAUACCCUUGCUUAUGAUCGAUACAUCAAAGAAGUUCCAAAACAUCUCAGGCAGUCAGGAGUCCACCCCCGAACUCCAAACAAAUUCAGGAAGUACAGUCGCCGUUCAUGGGAUCAGCAGAUCAAGAUGUGGAAGGUUAAACUUCACGCCUGGGACCCCCCUGCUCAAGAUGGAGACCUUCAAGCUAUAGACCAAAUUGACCUUGGUGAUGUCAUGGAUAUUGAGUUGGACCCAGAUGGGGAAACUUGCAAAUCUACAGAAGAUGAGAUGGAUUGCUUCUCUGUAACACCAAGAAAAAUGAAGAAAACUGAGGAGCUGCCACAAAUAUAGAAGGCACAGAAUGCGCAAACAAUGUUCUAAGGAUCAGUGGAGUGAAAAGCGGAGUAUUAUUGGCCUGCAAUUUGACACAUUCCAAACAAGGCAGAAACAAGUGUCAUUAUUCUGGUCAUACAAUUUUACUGUUCUAAUCUGGGAAUUGCUACUGUUUUUCUUUUUCAUUCUUUUUUAAGGCUGAUGUUGGUCAAAUGUUUGCUUUUAAAUACUUUGCCAGAUGUAUGAGAAGUUUGUACAUAAACUUAUCUUAUUUAGACUUUGUUUCAAUGACUGUUAAAAAGUAAUAUGUGUAUUUUCUUGUAAUUAGAAAUGGUUUGUUGAAACAUUUUGUAAGUAAUAAAUUUGAAGUAAAUAA